UAUACAAGCACGUGUUGUCAUUUGAUCAUGUGGGUCACACAAAUGAAUCUGCACCUGACCUUCAAAAUGGCGGCUGUCGGGAGGCUUGUGUUGAUGUGGUCAUGUCUCGCUGUCACUGGAAUAGCAUCAGCCAUAGAAUGGCCAGUCCCAUAUCGACGGUUUUCGUCCCGACCCCCAGCAAAUCCGUACUGCCAGGCAGGGGUGAUCCCGUUCUGCCCCACGGGGCGAGAAGCCAACACCAUGCCGACCUUCCAGGCCACUGACAUUAUAGAGGUGUAUGCCCUGAAGGCGCCAGUCUGGGAGUUCAAGUUUGGUGACCUGCUUGCCAAGUUUCACAUCAUGCACGACGCCAUAGGCUUCAAGAACCUGAACACCGGCCUCAACUACACCAUGGAGUGGUACGAACUGUUCCAGCUGUUCAACUGCACAUUCGCCCACGUGCUGCCAAAUAAAACCCUGGAGUGGUGCAACCAGGGCGCCACCUGCAUUUACGACGGCAUCGACGACAUCCACUGGUCACAGAACGGCACCCUCGCCAAGGUGGCGGACAUAACCGGUCAGAUGUUUAACGACUUUGCGCAGUGGACCCUGUGGGACAACAAGACGGGGAUUUUCUAUGAAACGUGGACAGUUGAAAAUGAACCAGGUGGAAAAAUGUGGUUCGAUUCCUUUGACUGUGCCAGUUUCGUCUUGAGAGCGUUUCAGAAAAUUGGGGACCUUGGAGGAAAGUUCAACAAUAGCGUUCACCUAAAUUACACCCGUAUUCAUCUCUAUAGCAACGAGCCUCAGUAUCUAGGCAACGCCAGUACUUUAUUUGGUCCCGGUCAGAACCAGACCCUUGUGAACGACAUGCUGGCCUUCUAUGGCCAUUUCCAGUCUCACCAAUCCAUCGGCCACUUGAUGGAGAGUCUAGCCGAGGCUUACGAGGAGGUGUAUACAAGUCAUCGCUUUUACUUCUUCUAUAAUUUCGAGUACUGGUUCCUGCCAAUGGUGGAGCCUUAUAUUAAGCUUACUUACUAUGACGUGCCUCUGCCUGGUACCCAAGGAUAUAGAAGACUCCCUGAUUAUUGAGGAUGCUUCGGCAAAUGUAUACACACUUACUUCUUUGUUUAAAAGGUAGAUUAUU